GCCGGGAGCUGCGCCCCUCUGCCGGCGCCUGGAGCCGGACGCGUUACGCGCUGCUCUCGGUCCCAUCCUCCCGCCUACAAACCCUUGGGACGAACAGCUAUCCCCCCGCGGAAGGGCUUUACACCCGCAGCCCCCCGCCCCCGGAGCAGGUGGUGGUGGCUCCCUAGGCGUGGCUGGUGACCAGUGUGAUCAUGGCUUACAGCCCCUCUGAAGGGGCCCUACUGUCUCCAUCAGUCCUUACUCACCUGAAUGACUCUGAUCUGCUGAGCAGAUCCUUCCCCUGGGGCAGCAGAAGCAGGAGGAGUCGUCUCUCAGGGCUCUGUCAGCUUGGAGCAUCACUGCCUGGGGAGAAGUGCAGCUCUUACUGUUUGUCUUCUCUGACAGCUCGUCACAUUUGUGCCAGCAGAACUGGUAACCCGUGGGCUCGGUGGGAUUCUGCCUCUCUCUCUGCUUCCCCUGGAAGCUCUUGCUCCUUUUUGCACGGCCCAGCUGGGGAGGAAUCCAGCCAGCACCUCCCAGCUGCUGCACGCAACCCAAACCGAGCCGUCUUCACCGUGGAUGCCAGCACAACAGAGAUCCUAGUGGCCAAUGACCAAGCUUGCAAGUUGCUUGGGUGCAGUAGCCAGGAACUCAUUGGUCAAAAGCUGUCCCACUUGAUAUCCAAAUCUGGCCAAGAGGCUUGGGAAGCAGUGGGUGAGGAGUACCUGGAAACUUCUGAAUGUUCAUCAGUGGUUUCUGGAGCUGUGGUGGAUGUUCUUGGCCACCUCAAUGAGAAGAUCCCUGUCUCAGUCUGGCUGAGGCAAAUAAGAAGCAAGGACAGCCAGCGUUGUGUGGUUGUGCUGGAACCAGUGGAGAGACUUUCAGCUCGUGUCUCCUUCACAGCUGAGGGAAAAAUUACAUCCUGUGAUCUCCUUUAUGCUCAUCUCCAUGGCUACCCAACAUUGGAAACAGUAGUUGGACUCCACAUAAAGGACCUGAUUCCUUCUGUGCAGAUCCCUCCUCUAGGCAAAAAAAUCCCAAAGACCCUCAGGAUCCAGCGAGCUGCAGGUCGAUGCAGAGAGGGCACCCUGUUUCCUCUCAGUUUAAAGCUGGAAGUCAGCCACGUGGAGCAGGAGCAAGCAAUGCAGGAAGAUGAGAUUCCACAGGCAGAAGGCUCUCUCCCAAGCUAUCAGUACUCUGCUACAGUUGUGGUUUUCUCCACCAUCAGUGGCCUGAUCACUGUCCAGUCAGAUGGAAUCAUCUGUGGCAUCACGGAUAGUUUUGCUUUAAUGCUCUUUGGCUAUGAGAAGAAAGAGCUGUUGGGAAAGAACAUUACAUUCCUGAUCCCUGGUUUCUAUAACAACAUGAAAAGAUGCAGUGGCUGCUCUUUGCCUUUACCUCCUCUGGAUGAUCCCACAGGGACAGAAGAGAGCAGCUUCUUGGCUGCAUCUUUAGCACACCUUCUGUCAAGAGAUGAAGAGCAGAAAUUGGAGCAACAACACAAAGAUGACAAAUUAAUACAUGAUGAGAAUAAACAAAAGAAUGGGACCAGUUUCUUUCCUCCUCCCUCACCUCCUGAAGCAGCAUCCACCCCCAAUAACAGACUGGAGGACAAGCUAAAAGCAGCAGCCUGUGACCCAGUGAAGCUGCCUUCUGAAGGCACCUGGAACUCACCUGGAACACCAACAGUGGAUGAGCCAUGGCCUGGGACAGCUCUGAACUGCAGACAAGACUUGAAAAGCCACAUGGUUCCAGGGCAGGUGUCAAAAACAAACUCCAUGUGUGAUGCAAAACAUUCCAGCCUGGAGCAUAUUGCUGUUGACAGCUGCCUGCUAAAUGAUCCUUCUACCUUCUUUGCAUGUGAAAGAAAAACUGGCUGUGAUGUUUGCUCAGGAAAUAAACCAGGCUGCAGUGCUUCUGCACCAGGAGCUGCCACAACCUCUGAAAAUGUGAAAGAAUCUGAACUGAACUGUAUUUGCUCUGCUCUUGAGGUACUGGGGCUGAAUACUGGUGUCAAGGGGAACUCACACAGUUCUUUAGGUGUUACUGCAGCUCUUGUAGGAGGAUGCUGCUCUGAUGCAGAAGACUCCAAUGUGCUAAUUGGGACCAACUGUGCCUUUCCCACUCAUCAGGGAAAGCAGCUGCUGAGUGAUGCUGCCACAGAAGCUGAUUCUGGAUGGCUGGCCUCCAGAAGGCAUUUACAAAAGUCUGAGGAAUGCUCCAAAGCAUUUCCUGAGAAACCUGAAACCCUUGCAGAAGCUGUGGGGGACAGCUCCAACAGAAAUCCCCUGCAAAGCAAAGGAAGGCCUGAAGAACACUGUCACUUCCUCAGGCAGCAAAAUAUGGAGAUCAAAGUAACAUCCACCCCAGUGAAACAAGGAGGCAGGCUAAAUCCAGCAGCUCCUUUGGCCUGGGAGAUUCUGGAAGGCAGCUACACUGGGAAUUGCUGUCACAGAGAUGGUUCACAAUUCAGCAUACUCUUCGAGGUGAAAUGUGCAGAGCUGCAGGAUCCCUCUGUGCUUUUCUGUGUCUGGGUGCUGAAAGACAUUUCACAGAGCCAAAAAGAAGCUGUAGCAAAGACUCAGCAUUUGCUUGCCAGCCUGGCAAACUCUUCCCAAUCUGUUGCUGAUCUUUCUACUAAAAGUCUUGGAGAAGCCAUCAGAUCAGCUUCACUUUUCAACAAUUCCCAAAGAGCUGAAGAUCUUGAAGGAUUAAGAGCAUGUGAAGGAGAAUAUGCAAAAAAUUACAGCACUCUCAAUCUUAUUGGCAAAGGCUCUUUUGGCUUUGUCUGGAGUGCCAGGAGCAAGAAAGAUCAGCAGGAGGUUAUUGUGAAGUUCAUCUGGAAGGAGAGGGUGCUGGAGGACUGCUGGGUGGAUGAUCCUGACCUGGGGAGGGUCACUCAGGAAAUUGCAAUCCUUCAGAAGCUGCAGCACCCCAGCAUCAUUAAGGUGCUGGAUGUAUUUGAAAAUGAUUGCUUCUUCCAGCUGGUGAUGGAGAAGCAUGGAUCUGGUCUGGACCUCUUUACAUUUAUUGAUAAUCAGCCCAACUUGGAUGAACCAUUAGCAAGUUAUAUAUUCAGACAGGUGAGAGCAGAAUUGCUCCAUGCAGGUGAGAAUUGGUUAAUGUAAGAACCAGCAUUCUGUUCCACUUAAUACUGGCUGACAACUGGCACUGGAGUUGUGCUCAAUACUUGCAGAACCUUUCCCCCCCAUUCUGUAGGGCUGAUUGAAAUGCUGCCUGCAGAAACCUUGGUAAGGAUUACUUAGAAACAACAAAAAAGCCUUUCCAGGACCUUCCUGCCUGUGAGGGUUUCCCGUGGAGCCAUGGCCCCUCAGCUGUUAGCAGGAAAACUCACAGCCCUGUCACCCAGACACUUCAUGUAGCACUCACAUUUCCUCUGAGGGAGGAGGAAAACUCACAGAAGCUGCCCCAAGCCUGCAAAAAGCCACAUUUUCAUUUACUUCAGUGCUUAGUUUAGAUUGGUUACAGGAGUAAAGGGCUCUGCUCUUUAAAUCAAGAAAUUAUAUUGGAUUUUAAGGUGGCAUAAUGCAAAGUAAUUCAGGGUCGUUUCCAUGAGCCAGGAGCUUGCCUGAGGGCUGAAUUGUCCUUUGUUUAGGGAGUUAGCCACAGCAGCAGUCCCCAGGUAAUUUCUCUUCACGAGUUUUGGAGUAAAUUCUUGCUCUAGGGUAUGCAGGAAUUGCUUGUGUGUGGUAACCCCCCCCAAAACCUUUGCUGUGCCCACCCUGCCCUCACCUGGGGUGCUGAAGGAAGAUGGAAGCCAAAGGUGUCCCUUUAGCCUUGUGAUGGAUCAGCCCUUUCCUUAACCCAGCCUGGGGUUUGGAAGGCUGAAUUGUUCCCUCAGAUCUGCACUGCAUUUCUCUGCAGAGGCAGAUUUAUAUUAAAAAUAGAAACUUUUCUCCCUCAGCCAUCUGCUUUUCUUGUUAAAAACAUUGUAGGAGUCAGGAUCAUCUCCAAGGUGAUAUCAUUCUCAUAUUAUCCUUAAUUAUGGCAUUAAAGCAUGAAUCGUGCAGGAGAAAGAAUGGGCUUUAGGAGUGACUAUGUUAUUUAUACCAAACUUGGCUCUCAAAUGCUUUGUCAUCCUGCAGCAUGGAAGGCACACAGUGAUAUCCUUCUGGAGAAACCAAAGGACCCUCCAAAUGAAGCUGGGAUAAAAAUAGAGUAACUUGCAGGAUUGUAGCAGUGAGCUCCAAUGCUCUCAAUCACAUCCUGACUGCAGCAUCCCCUCCUCCUGCACAUCUGUGAGAUGAAAGCAGCAAAGGCUCUUUAAAGUGUCUGCAGCAAUGGUGACAGGCAGGCCUGAGGCCAUUUCAGUUUCCAUCAUUAGGAUGUAUAUCUUGUUUAGGCAGUGUCAAAACAAGCCAAAAUGUGGCUCUGGGAAAGCUGUGAUGCUGCAUCAAUUAUUCAGGGACUCUGUGUAGUAACACCCAGUUCCUUCUGUC